CCCCGCGCCGCCAUACACGGCAGUAGUGCUGCCCCCCGAGGAAUCUGACACAGUUCCGAUACAUUCUCAGUGAGGACCAGCUCUGGACGACGCCUGCGUGACAUCGUGACAAGUCGUGAUCGAGGCAGGGCAGCCAGCAGCUGUACCAAUGGCGGAGCAUGGCCGAGCGCCGAGGGGCAGCCCCGGCUGGGCCCCGGCAGUCGGACGACGCAUUGCAAAAAACGCGGCAGCAAACGCGGCCCUUCUCGCACCUAUCACGGGCAAAUCGGCACAUACUCUCCUCUACGACGACACCAUGGCUGCCAGCACCCUUCACGUCGCGGCGGCGGCUGCCAAGGAUAAGACGAAGGGAAAAAAGGCCGCUGGCCGCCUGUUAAUGUUUGCUUACGUCGCCGCGGAGGCGCUGGACGACGCCGAGGCGACGAGCGACGCACAUGUGGUGGCGCGUGAGGCCGUCGACAAGCUGCGCAUGGCGGUCACGAACGAGGACGGCGAUGCGGCAUGCGAACGUGCGAGGGAAGCGGCCGCCGCGGCCCUCACGGACGCGGGCCUCGGCGACGAGAUGCGGCGGCGGCUGAAACGCGCCCGACCCGGAAAAUUUGCGCUCGUGCACCAGGUCCUCGAAUAUUUAUACGUAGGCGGCUGGGCGGCUCUCAACGACGACUGCCGCGUGCUCCGGGAGCAGAAGAUUAGUCGAGUGUGUUCCGUCGUCACCGCAGACACGCCUCGCACGCUGCCUGCGUUCGUGACGCAUCACUUGCACGUCGUCUGCCGCGACGACGAGAAUGCGCCGCUCGCGAACGCGUUUCCACAGAUCGCAGCUUUCCUCGACGAAGCUCGACGGGCGCGAGAAAUCGCGUACGUCCACUGCGGGGCCGGCGUGUCGCGGGCAUGCACGUCCGUCGCCGCCUAUCUCAUCUGGAGCGGCUCCUUGUCCGCCGGCGAGGCGCUCCGCAUCGUCCAGAAUCGGCGGCCGCAGUGCCGCCCGAACGCGGGCUUCAAGAAGCAGCUCGGGGCGUGGGCGGCGCGCUGCCGCGGCGGGGAGAAGCCUGCCAUUUGUGCCGCGUCCUCUCAGGGUCGACGGCGCGGGACGGUGGUGACGGUCGUUCGAUGUGAUAUGUCCGAGUAAAUGAGGAGUUGUUAGAGG